AGGUUUCACUAAAACAAACUGAUUGAGGCAUUGCCCUUCUGUAUCGCGUCUCGUUCGAGUUGGGUAAUUAUAUUCGCUCGCACCGAAGUCCUUUUCAGAAGAAGGGAAAAGCAAGAUGCAAACCCAAAGCAAAACUCUAGUCUUCUCUGCUCUCCUCCUAAGUCUUCUUGCCACGUCCUUGCAUGCGGCAUCGACCCCAUUUGGAGAAGUUGAGGAUGAGACUGGCUUCAGUUACAUAGUCGGGAGCGAGAGGGGACCAGAGAACUGGGGAUAUCUGGAGGAAGAAUGGAGAGCAUGCAGUGAAGGACGGAUGCAAUCUCCAAUUGACUUGGCAAGAGAGAAUGUGGAAGUGAUUCCACACUUGGGGGACCUAAGGAGGAAUUACAAGCCAAGCUAUGCCUACGUCAUGAAUAGAGGCCAUGAUCUUCGGCUUCGGUGGGACGAUGGAAGGGCAGGGUCGAUCGAGGUUGAUGGUAGAGAAUACUUCUUGCAACAAUGUCAUUGGCACCACCCUUCCGAGCAUGCCAUCGAUGGCAAAAGGUAUCAAUUGGAGCUUCACAUGGUUCACUCAACUUUAGAUGCAGAGGUUGCGGGCAACACUGUUGUUGUUGGACUACUGUACGAGAUAGGCGAACCAAAUGCUUUUAUUAGCGAGGUGUUGAGGCGUAUAAUGUGCGAAACACAUGGAGAAGAGAUGGAAGCUGGGGAAGAGAUAGAAGUGGGGGUGAUCGACCCAAGAGAGAUCAUCAGGGGUGAACACAGUUACUACAGAUACAUGGGCUCUCUCACGACCCCUCCCUGCACAGAAGGAGUCAAAUGGAUCGUCAACAAGCAGCCCAGCAGUGCCACAGAGGAACAAAUCUGGUCGCUGAGACAUCUCGUUGAUGAUGGUGCCUGGAAUAAUGCUAGACCUAUUCAACCACUGAAUGGACGAGAAAUCCAGCUUUACAAACCAGAUUCUGAGAGAAGUAUUGAAUCGAUGACAUCUCUACGUAUCGAUGCUGCUGCAAGUUGAAAGUAUUCCUUUCGAUAACGGUCUUUGGGUGAUAAGCUUAUGUCUAGUGUUAGCCAGUUGAAUAAUGGUACGGUAGGUUGCAAACGAUGUAAUAAAAUCCAAUGAUGCAGCACAUGUAAACUGUCUUUGAGAACAGAGUAGGGUGCUUCGCUUAUCUUCUUAACAAGUGGUCGUACAAAAGGGAAAAGUGCACCUUGUCA